AAUGUUUAUCGUGUCCCACCGUUUGGCCGUCCAACUCACACCGUAUAUGAAGGGAUCGCAUUGUUGUUAUCAUCUGAUGACCAAUGUCUAUUUGUUGUUGACUGCAAUCAACGUGUUAUGGCUGCUAUUGCCUUUACCGACAUUAUGAAUUAUAUUUUGAAUUCGAGCGAUAUCCAUCACGAAAUCAGUGCUGGCUAA